AUGUGGCCACAAUUUAAGUUGAGAGGCAACUACAAGUGGAUAGAGGUUUUACCUACCCUAAUCUCCACGUACAACAAUACAAAACUACGAAAUAUAUCGAGGACAAGGCCAAAGUUUAAAGUUGGUGACAGAGUUCGAGUCAGGAAGCACAAACACGUCUUCGAGAAAGGAUACACACCCAAUUGGACGACUGAGGUAUUCACUGUUGAUCGAAUUAUGUUGACAAGCCCCGUCACGUACAAGCUCAAGGACUAUCAAGAUCAACCCAUCGCUGACGGAUUCUAUGAACAAGAGCUUCUCAAAGUUAUACAUCCAGACGUUUAUCUUGUGGAGAAAGUAAUCAAGAAAUGUGGCAGCAAAAUGUUUGUAAAGUGGUUAGGCUUUGACAGUUCAUACAACAGCAGGAUAGAUCAAUCCGAUAUGUAA